GCUCUGUCUCCAAACACAACUCCGCUUCUACGAGAACCGUGCUGGCUUCAGUGUCAGAGAUAGAAAAGUCUCUUCUUCUCCCUCGCUUCGGCUGGGAAGAACCAAGGGGAAGAGGCGUCCAAAAUCCGAUCUUGGAGGAGUGAGGGGGUAGGAAAGGUAUGGAGGAAGGCGGGAUCGUCGAGGAGGCGAGCAGCGCCCGCACGGUGCGGUGGGUUGACGGCAGCGAGGUGGACUCGGAGUCGCCGCCGUGGUCCAUCGAGGAGGAGGCGUUGGUGCUGGGGCCGGAGCUGCAGGCCACGCUGCGGCGGAGGCUGGUGAAGAAGGCGCGGAGCGUGGACUCGCUGGACGUGGAGGCCAUGGACAUCGCCGACGCUCACAAGCGUCGCGAAAAGGACAUCUCAAUCUGGAGCACGGUUGCUAUGGCAUUUCAGACUCUUGGUGUUGUUUAUGGUGACAUGGGCACGAGUCCCUUAUAUGUCUUUAGUGAUGUCUUCAGCAAAGUCCCAAUUAAAUCAGAAGUUGAUGUUUUGGGUGCCUUAUCCUUGGUGAUGUACACAAUCGCACUCAUUCCUUUUGCAAAAUACAUCUUUAUAGUGCUGAAAGCAAAUGACAAUGGUGAAGGAGGAACUUUUGCAUUGUAUUCACUGAUAUGCAGAUAUGCCAAGGUUAGUCUACUUCCAAAUCAGCAGCGUGCCGAUGAAGAUAUCUCCAGCUUUAGGCUCAAGCUGCCUACUCCAGAGCUAGAAAGAGCACUAUACAUAAAAGAACUCUUGGAGAAAAAUUCUUUUUCAAAACGUCUUCUGUUGUUAUUGGUCCUGAUGGGUACCUCUAUGAUAAUUGGAGAUGGCAUUCUUACUCCAUCCAUGUCAGUUAUGUCUGCGGUGAGCGGCCUUCAAGGCAGAAUUUCAGGAUUCGACACAGAUGCCGUGGUCAUUUUCUCAAUUGUAAUUCUUGUAGUAUUGUUCAGUAUACAAAGGUUUGGGACCGGCAAAGUGGGUUUCUUGUUUGCUCCUAUUUUGGCACUUUGGUUCUUCAGUUUGGGGUCCAUUGGAAUAUACAACAUACUUAAGUAUGAUAUUUCUGUUCUAAGAGCAUUCAAUCCAGCAUAUAUAUAUUUCUUUUUCAAGAGAAACAGCACUAAAGCAUGGUCUGCUCUUGGCGGUUGUGUUCUGUGCAUCACAGGAGCUGAAGCAAUGUUUGCUGACCUGGGCCAUUUCUCUGUAAAGUCUAUACAGAUAGCCUUCACAUCUACCGUAUUUCCAUGUCUUCUUUUGGCGUACAUGGGCCAAGCUGCGUAUUUGAUGAAACAUCCAUUUUCAGUGGAAGGAAUCUUCUAUGAUUCUGUCCCAGAUAUUUUAUUCUGGCCAGUCUUUGUCAUUGCCACGCUCGCGGCCAUGAUUGCCAGUCAGGCCAUGAUUUCAGCAACAUUUUCCUGCAUAAAGCAAUCCAUGGCCCUUGGUUGCUUUCCCAGGAUUAAGAUUAUCCAUACAUCCAGGAAAUUCAUGGGUCAGAUCUAUAUUCCUGUCAUCAACUGGUUCCUGAUGAUUAUGUGCAUAAUCGUUGUUGCUACUUUCCGGAAUACUACAGACAUCGCCAAUGCCUAUGGUAUUGCGGAGGUUCUGGUGAUGAUGGUGAGCACUUCAUUGGUGACACUAGUGAUGCUUCUUAUAUGGCAAACCAAUCUGUUUAUUGCUCUAUGUUUUCCCGCCGUAUUUGGUACAGUAGAGUUUAUUUACCUGUGUGCAGUUCUUUCCAAGAUAAUGGAAGGCGGCUGGCUGCCUCUUGCUUUUGCUACCUGCUUUCUAUGUGUCAUGUACACCUGGAACUAUGGAAGUGUGUUGAAGUAUCAGAGUGAGAUUCGAGAGAAGAUAUCCAUGGACUUCAUGGUUGAGCUUGGAUCCACCCUUGGCUCCGUUAGGGUCCCUGGCAUCGGACUUGUGUACAAUGAGCUAGUCCAAGGCAUUCCUUCAAUAUUUGGACAGUUUCUGCUUACCCUCCCUGCAAUUCAUUCCACCAUCGUUUUUGUCUGCAUCAAGUAUGUCCCUGUUCCGGUUGUCCCCCAAGAGGAAAGGUUCUUGUUUCGGAGAGUCUGCCAGAAGGACUACCAUAUGUUCCGUUGCGUUGCCCGUUAUGGAUACAAGGAUAUCCGGAAGGAAGACCACCACAAUUUUGAGCAGCUCUUGGUGGAGAGCCUUGAGAAGUUUUUGAGAAGGGAGGCUCAAGAGCUUGCAUUGGAGACGAGUCCAAUCGACAUCGAGCAUGAUCAUGAGUCUGUAAGGUCCCAAGAUUCCGCUGCACCGAGUGGAGUUGAUGAACUGCAAAUUCCACUGUUAUCUGAUACAGGAAUCCGUAGAAAUCGCGCUACUUCUGAAGCAGGAGUUUCAUUGCUUCCGUCAAGCUCUAUCACUUCCGACGAAGAUCCCAGUUUGGAAUAUGAACUUUCGGCUCUAAGAGAAGCAAUGGAUUCUGGAUUCACAUAUCUGUUGGCCCAUGGAGAUGUGAGGGCAAGAAAGGAGUCCUGGUUCUGGAAGAAGCUCGUCAUAAACUACUUCUAUGCAUUCUUGAGGAGGAAUUGCCGGGCAGGUGCAGCCAAUUUGAGUGUUCCUCACAUGAACAUUAUUCAGGUCGGUAUGACAUACAUGGUAUGAGCUGUAUACUAGACUCACUAUCAUCUUAGUAAGAAGUCCAUGGCAUCAUCUCAAUUAUGUUGUUGUGCUACUUGAUGCCUGGUUGAUCUCAACCAAGAUAUCUAGAAGAUGCUCCCUGUCAUAUUUCUCUUGGUGGGGGCAAACAGCCAGAGCUAAAUACAAGAUUCUUCCCUGGUAGCAAAGAUGUAUCCCUUGAAAGAAUUCUCAUGGCUAAGGCUGUUUCAACGUGGAAUCUUUUUGUCUUCUGCGAUUCCAAAAUAGACAAAAAAAUAUCUAUGAAAGAUUGGAUUUUUCAGACUAA